CACGAAAAAAAGUUCGCGAUCGCAAUUCUUUCCGUCCGCAAGCUCACCAGCCGACAAGAUCAUCAGCCUUCAUCACUUUGCCGCAACCAAGCCGUUCGAGUCGUGAAGGAAAUUCAAUCUCUCCCUAACCUACCACCAAAACCCAACAACCGAACCUCUUCGUUCAACAACAACCUUCAAAAUGUCUUACAACAAGGACAAGGACUUCGGCGAGGCGCCCAAGACGCACAAGAUCCGCAUCACCCUCUCCUCCCGCAAGGUCCAGUCCCUCGAGAAGGUCAGCGCCGAGCUCAUUGAGCGCGCCAAGUCAAAGGACCUCCGCGUCUCCGGCCCCGUUCGCCUGCCCACCAAGACCCUCAAGGUCACCACCCGCAAGACCCCUUGCGGUGAGGGUUCCAAGACCUGGGAUUGCUUCGAGAUGCGCAUCCACAAGCGUCUCAUUGACCUCAACGCCCCCACCGAGAUCGUCAAGCAGAUCAUCAUCAACAUCGAGGCCGGUGUCGAGGUCGAGGUCACCAUUGCCGCAUAAGCGAAUUGGAAAACCACGGCCCGAAAAAAAAAAUGUUGUAAAGACGAGUUGUUGUAGGAGGGACGAAAUGGUAUGGGCUUCGGACUUGGGAAUGCUGCGUUGCUGAAGCUCACGACCAGAGAGAGGGCCGAAAGGUUUUGACCUCGGCGCGUAGUUAUGCGAAGGCGGCGGGACGAGUGAGGCGGUCUAGAUACCACCCGAAUCAACUGAUGAUCCCCC